AUGGUACACUGGGGUUUUUGCAGCUCACAAAGGAUUUCUUCCAGGCUAUUCGACGACGCAGAUACUCGGAGCUCGGCUUGUCAACGCACCCAUGCAGAAAAUGCGCCAUAUGUUCUAGAAUGGAACAAUGCCCGAAAAGCCAUCCCGCAGGUCGCGGGUGAGUUCCAGAAUGUCCUACAGCCUCACAUAAACGCCGCUGUCGACGAGGAGAUGAAGAACCUGGAUGAUACCUCGGACACGACAGCGGCCGCGGCGGUAAAGGUGAUCACGGAGGGACGGGUCCUGGCAGACGCGGCCGCCCGGCUGCUACAGGAUGUGCUGGGCCAGACAACGAGCCGCCUCCUCUUCUCCGGCCACAUUAGGCACAGUCGCACGAGCUAUGCGCGGGGAUGCUCCCUAACAGGCAGCGUCGCCGAAUAA